GUAAAGAUAAACAAACACGCGAUAAUGACAUUGAAAUAUAUUGCCACCGUUUCAGCAAGUUCACAUCAAUUUCUUUACAGCACAAGUUCGUUCGUCAGCCUGUGAAACACGUUUUUAAACCCGGUCUAACAGGAAGGAAAGGAUGGCUCUUCCGCAUGUGCGACUGUGCACUCGACACAUGAGCACAGGGCUUCAGGUCUGUGGUUAUGCGACACUCAGUAAAGCAUCCAGACCUCAGGAGAAAAGCAGCACCGGUCCAGUUUUUCAGUAUGUCGGCCAGCACAAAAAGCCCAGCCACAAGGUGUUUGUAUGGGGCUUUAGCUUCACUGGCGCUCUGGGUAUCCCCAGCUUCGUGGUGCCGGACAGCGGCAGGAAGAAGCCCCGCAAAUACCAGCUGACUCCUUACCGGCUGGAGACUGCAGAGAAGAUCUCUUCUGCUGCUUGUGGUUACGGCUUCACUCUCAUCGCCUCCCCGACCAAAGAUGUGAUCAAGCUGUGGGGCAUGGGCCUGAACAAGGACUCUCAGCUGGGCUUCCAACGCACACAACACAGCCGCCAUCAGAGCUACGACUACGUGUUGGAGCCCUCCCCGGUGGCUCUGCCUCUCGCGGAGCCUCUGCAGACCAGAGUGGUUCAGGUUGCGUGUGGCCGCGCUCACUCCCUGGUUCUCACUGACCAAGAAGGAGUCUUCAGUAUGGGAAACAAUGCGUAUGGCCAGUGUGGGAGGAGGAUAGUUGAAGAUGAAGAUUACAGCGGCAGUCACAUCAUUCACAAGAUAGAAGGCUUCGGCUGCAGGGUCGUCCAGGUGGCGUGUGGACAGGACCACAGCCUUUUCCUCACCGAGACGGGGAGAGUGUUCGCCUGUGGAUGGGGAGCAGAUGGACAGACGGGUCUGGGACACCACAACGUCAGCUCCAGUCCGGUGGAGGUAGGAGGAGACCUGGCUGGGGUGGAGGUGCGGCAGAUCAGCACGUAUGGAGACUGCAGCCUGGCCGUGUCCAGAGACGGACAGCUGUAUGGGUGGGGCAACUCUGAAUACCUGCAGCUGGCCUCGGUCACCGAGUCCACGCAGAUCAACUCUCCUCGACAUCUUCCCCUGAAAGGCUGCGGAAAGGUGGUUCAGGCGGCGUGUGGAGGCACGCAGGUGGCCAUUCUCAACGAUAAAGGCGAGGUGUUUGUUUGGGGCUACGGCAUUCUGGGAAAAGGUCCCAAACUGUCGGAAUCGUCGACCCCGGAGAUGAUUCCCUCCACGCUGUUCGGACGCUCAGAGUUCAACCCCUCCGUCGCCGUCACCAGGAUCAGGUGUGGCCUGAACCACUUCGCUGCAGUGACAGAUCGAGGCGAGCUGUUCGUUUGGGGGAAGAAUGUUCGAGGUUGUUUGGGCAUCGGGAAGAGAGACGACCAGUACUUCCCAUGGCGAGUGACUGUUCCAGGUCAGGUGGUGGACGUAGCGUGUGGCGUUGACCACAUGGUGGCGCUGGUGAAGUCCCUCCUGUGAGCUCCUGCGUUCCUCAGCACAAGUGGAUGAAAGGCUGGAUGUUUGGCCGAGCCCUCCCGCUGACCCCCGGGCGCCUCGGGGAGCCGACGGGGGCCGCGGCGGAGUCUUGAAGCCAGCUGCUCUCCGCAGGCGACGGAGCCCGGUGUCGCUCCGCAGAGCAGAGCAGUCGAUUCUGCAGCAGACUGACGCCGACUGAGCUCGCUUUAUCCUGCAUGAAGGUCAGAUGGGAAAGACAUUAAAGGAUAGUUUUGGUUUAUCUCAGCUUGAGCUGAAACGACCAGAUUUCAAGGAAAACAGUGGAAAAAAUGCAAAUAAAUCUCCUGUUGCAGCGUCUCCGAUGUGAGAAUUUGCAGCUUUUCUGUUUCAUAUUAUUACAAACUGAAUUUCUUUGAGGUGGUCGGACAAAAAAAGACCUUUGAAGACGUCACCCUGGACAUGUUUUUUAAAGACUAUUCAUCUGCAGGUUAACCGCUAUGAAACUAGCUGUUGCUGCACUAAUUGCAACUUGGUUUUACUUUCAUAGUUUCUACAGUAAUUACUUGAAUGACGAAAUGAGGCCCAAAGCUAUGAAAAUAAAACCCAGGUUGUAAUAAACCAAAGAAGCUUCCAAGCAGAAAACUUUAACCACCACUCAGGUGGUUGAAAAUGUCUCGUGUUCGUUUGCGCCUUCGCUGUGAGAGAAAUGUGGCCAGUGAGCGAAGUGAUCCACUGUGGGAUCCACAGACUCUCAGACGACAUGUUGUGGCACUCUGCAGGACUGCGCCAUGUUUUAAAAACCAUUUUAAAAAGGCCGUGAAGACAUCGACAGUCAGAGAAAAGUUGUUGUCUCUCUGUCACCUGCAGAUAGACUGAAGACCCUCCGCCGUGUCAUCUGUAGUGUGUGCGUGUUGUGCUCGUGAAAACUACAAACAUGGCCCCCUGACAGCUUGCGGCAUGACACACGAUCCGAAGACGUUUUUUCUUGUUCUGUCUCCCUGUAUGAGAGGGUGAACCCACUUUUCCCCACACUGUUUGAUGCCAUUCAAUACACAUUAUGCAAUACUCCAUAUUUAAUAAACAUAUUGUUACUGACCACAUCAUUUGUGUGUUAAUAAACACUGAAA